ACCACGAGUGCGUUGCAGGAGGCUCUGCAAACGCUCCGGUGCAAUGAUCCCAUUUGACGCAACAGAGAAGAGGCUUCGCAGCUGGGGCGUGGCUUCAUUUCACAUCGAAUGAUCUCCUGGCAGCAUCCAAAAAACACCACGGAGACGGACUGCACAGCUGUUGUUGUCUGGAAGAUUCAAUUAUGGACCAAAGAUGGAUGAAGAUCCUGCUGACUCUUGUGUUCUACCUGCUAGAAGUCACCACAUGUGCUGAUAGGACAUUGCAAGAAGGAUCCACUGUACAUUUUAAGUGUCAGAUUCCAGAGGGGACCGUGGUCUUCUGGUUCCGACUGCUGGAUGGCUCCAACAUGGAGUUCAUCGCAUCCUUCAGCAACACUGGCAUGGAAAAGAAGUUUGAACAGCAAUUCAAAAACCUUUUCAGUCACGAGAAGAAGGAUACAUACUUUAUUCUGACUCUGAAGUCCUUCAGCGCUUCGCGCGACAGUGGCGCAUACGUCUGCGCCGCUCUUGUUAAAGGAAACAUGCUACAAUUUGGAGAAAUUGAGCGCGUGCAUGGAGAGAAAAAGCGGGAAACAACAAAAGCUCCGUCGAUGAUCUUUACCCAUCCACCAACAACUGUCUCCACACGUGCAUCCACCAGGAGCUGCGCCUGCUCGCACAUGCCGGCUGCAGAGAAAACAAAACCACUCUUGCCUUGUGAUCCACUUAUACUGGGCUCUCUAGCCGGAGGCUGUGGCCUUCUUCUUCUGCUUCUCAUCAUCAUCACGCUGUACUGCAAUCGGUUGAGGACACGAAGAUGCCCACACCAUUACAAGAGAAAGCCAAGGGUUUUGGCUCCUGAAAAGCAAAUGACCAACGCACGCAUCUGAUUGAAGAGUUGCCAUUUUACUGCUGAACCCAUCUUUUGAACUUUAAAAAUAAAAGUGAAUUUUAUUGACAUUAAUCUUAAUCUUAGAAAAUGUAAUUUACAUUGUGGCAAAAGCAUUUUUGUCCUUUUUUUCUCUUGAGUUUGAUGGCGAAUAACACUGUGUUGCAAAACCUAUUGACAUUUGCUUUUUUCAGCUCUUUUGCUUUGAAAUUGAUGAUGCAAUCAUUACACAAAACCAAAAAUAAUAAACAGUUUUUAGAUUAAUUCAUACUGUAAAUACCAUUUUUUUAAACCUGUCCGUUCACAAUUUUUACAUUUUUAAAUAAUUUUUACUGCUUGUGCGUAAACCUUUUCUCACAUCCAAAACUAUUUCUAAAUGUACUGUAUGAUGCUUUCUAAAGAUGGAAAGUCCUUUUUAAAUUUUUUUUAAAGUUAUAAUGCCCAUUUAGAAAUUUUACAUGUGUACAUAUUUUCUUUGUUUUGCCGUUUCAAAAACAGUUUUUAAAUAAAGAGAUAAAUACAAAAGAUAAUUCACUCGAGAUGUUUUCUGAUGUAGUGAGUUGUGAUGUCCUUUAUUAGUUUGUAUCUUUUGCACAUAUAAUAACAAUCUGUUGCUUACCCAUCAGUCACAAUAAGGUUUUUGGAACAAAACUGUAUUUGAUAAACAGACAUUUGUUUAAACAUUUGUCAAAAGGAAGUGGGUUGCUUCAACCGUAAGCCGAGUGGGAAACCACGCAUCGGUACAAGAAGAACAAUUUUUUUUUAUUCUUAUUUU